ACCUGUCAUGGCAUCAUCGCAACUUUGCCGAGGAGGAAGGGAGAGAGCAGCAGACAAGGCUGAGAGCACAUGCCUCUGAUGGAAACAGCUCCCUGCUAGCUCUCCCCUGCUUGCUCGACCCUUCCACGUCAUGCCUCCCUGUGUUUGCCGCGCUGCUGCUGUGACGAAGCAAGUGGUUUGGAGGAGUUUGGUGGUGGGCUCCCUCUCGAUCGGCAACGUUGCGUUCGGAUGGGGGAUCAAGGAUAAGAUAGUGUCAAGAAGCAGAACUUGCACCUUCGCAUUCACAUCUCAUUUGCCUUUUUCAGGUUCCAGGACAGCCUCCAUCUGCCGCAUGCUACACUACAAGGCCAGGGGUCUGGAUGAUGCCGUGGAGAAGCUCUCUUAUCCCGGCUCAGAAGUGAAGAGAGCCCACGUGCCCGACGAGCAUGUCAAGUUCGACAAGCCUUGGAGUGACUACCAGCCCGUGGAGUACACUGCCACAUCGGUUCUUGCUGGACCCGUAUGGGCUGACAGCCAGGACGCGUCCACUAUCUCCUUCAACAAGAUCGACGGCAAGAUUGACAGGCAGUCUUUCACGGGCGAGUACAAGAUCGACAAAGAGACUGGGAGACCGUUGAAUCCCGUCGGGCGGACUGGGAUGACAGGCCGGGGGCUCCUAGGCAGGUGGGGCCCGAAUCAUGCCGCGGAUCCAAUCGUCACGAGAUUCCUCGAGGGCAAACUGCAGUUCAUCGCCAUCAAGAGGAAGGACGGAGGAGGAUGGGCGAUCCCAGGAGGCAUGGUAGAGGCCGGAGAGACGGUGUCUCUGACCCUGAAGAGAGAGUUCGGGGAGGAAGCCAUGGACCUGAACAGCAAGUCGAAGGAGGAGGCAGACAAGAUCAUGGCUAAGAUCGAUGAGAUGUUUGCCCAUGGCAUCGAGAUCUUCAAGGGCUACGUCGACGAUCCCAGGAACACUGACAACGCAUGGAUGGAGACGGUCGCCAUGAACUUUCACGUGGACGACUCGAUAGCAGCGGAGAUUAAGCUGGAAGCGGGAGAUGACGCAGGGGCGGUAUGCUGGAUGGACAUCGUCCCGGAUCUGAAGCUGUACGCCUCUCACAAGAGCAUCAUCGAGGAAGCCGCGAAGAAGCAUGGUGUAGUCCUCUAACAUCAGCACACGCGUGUUACUACUGUGCACCGUCACCGUUUGCCAACGGCCUACUGAUCUUGCAGGUUUCGAUGGCUUGAGAAUUUUCCAGUAUUCGCGGGGGCAGUCGUUGCAGAAGGACAAUUUGAUUGCAUGCCUUCUUUCAAGGUCCAACCUGGAGAGAAUAAAGUUUCAGUAAACU